AUGUCUUCAACAGUCGAAAACAUGGUCCUAGUGGUUCCUCCACCACCAUAUAUCCUCCCCGACCCGGCACUUUCCUUUCCUUCUUCCUCGCCUUCUCCCACCGAAGCUGAACCGAAUGAUAGUGCGCAUUCGACUCCAUUACCUUCGUAUAACUCAUCUCCGAUCCUAGCACCUAUCUUGUCUACCCUUCAGACACUUUCUUCAACACCAGCCUCUUUGCCAGCCCUCAAGCUUUCCGCCUCUACAAACGCAGCUCCGCCAAGACAGGAUGAAAGCUUUGGUGGAAAGCUGCUCAGUUACACAGCAUCAAUCUUGAUCGCGUUACUCGGAGCACCAAUAGUCGAUACUUUGUGGGCCUUAGGCUUAAAUAUAAUCGGGUUCGCAUUCAGCGUCUUACAGGUGCCAAUGGCUGUUGUGCUCGCGAGCGAGUUCGACCAACCCCACUGUACCACCACCCCAUCCCCAUCCACCGCUUCCACCUUCACCGAGCUCGAAUUCACCACUACCACAAACGAGAAAGCUUCGCAGGGAGAAAACUUCCCAAUGGUCGGCGGAGCAGACAAGGUGGAGCGCAAAUCGAAAGGAAGGCAAGAGCGAGAUUGGAUCCACCAUCUGACCCAACUGAUGUGGGAUUGGCACGAUGAAUUGGAAGUUGCCGAACUGUGGCCUCCUUCUACUUGGGUUUGA